AUGACCUCUGUCAACAGCUUCCCUACCAUCAAGGCCGUCAAGACCUUCGUCAUCCAAGGCGUUGGUUCUGGCGGUGACUACCACAAUGUCAAGGGCGGCCAUUGGCUGAUCGACUCCAAGAUUGCGACUCCCAUGUCUGGUUAUGACAAGUACCGCAAGUCGCGAACUUCAUUUGGCAUUAACGUCCUCGGUUCUUUCUGCGUCGAGAUAGAGUCUACCGAUGGCAAGAAGGGUUUCGCUACCGGUUUCGGUGGUCCGCCGGCAUGUUGGCUCGUUGCUGAGCACUUCAACAGAUUCUUGAUUGGUGCUGACCCUCGCGAUACCAACCUCCUCUUCGACCAAAUGUACCGAGCAUCCAUGUUCUACGGACGAAAGGGUCUCCCACUGGCUGUCAUCUCCGUAAUCGAUCUGGCUGUCUGGGAUCUGCUAGGCAAGAUCAGGAACGAACCCGUGUACAAGAUGAUUGGCGGCGCGACAAGAGACAGACUCAACUUCUAUUGCACCGGUCCCGCGCCAUCUGCUGCCAAGAGAAUGGGCUUCUUUGGUGGCAAGGUCGCCCUUCCAUACAGCGCUGCCGAGGGCUUCGAGGGUAUGAGAAAGAACAUUGAAUACUUGACCGAGAUGCGCGAGAGUGUUGGUCCCGACUUCCCGCUCAUGGUCGACUGUUGGAUGAGUUUGACUGUGCCCUACACUAUCGAGAUCGCCGAGAAGUGCAAGCAUCUUAACAUCAACUGGUGGGAAGAGACUCUUUCUCCCGAUGACUUUGAUGGUCAUGCUCUCCUGAAGCGUGCUCAUCCCACCAUCAAGUUUACUACUGGCGAGCACGAGUACACACGAUACGGUUUCCGCAAGCUCAUCGAGGGACGCCACGUCGAUAUCCUCCAGCCUGAUGUUAUGUGGCUUGGUGGUUUGACCGAGCUGCUCAAAGUUUCGGCUCAGGCUGCCGCAUAUGACAUUCCCGUCGUUCCUCACGCAAGCGGUCCCUACAGCUACCACUUUGUCGUCUCUCAGACAAACUCGCCUUUCCAGGAGUACCUCGCCAACUCUCCUGACGGUCAAUCGGUUCUUCCCGUGUUCGGAAACCUUUUCCUCAAUGAGCCAAUUCCCGAGAAGGGCUAUCUCGAUGUGUCCGUCUUGGACAAGCCUGGAUUCGGUCUCGAACUCAAUCCUUCUGCUCCUUUGAUAGAUGCUGCUGGUAUCCUCAACCCGGCCCCUUCAAGAUCGUUGGCCGAUCCCACAAUCCCUGACGGGGUUCAGAACGAGAAGACAACAUGA